GUGCGGGCGUCGCGGGAGUACAGCUACCCUGUUCCUAACUAGUGGAGGUUUUCAUGCGAGACGCCGCGACCCCGCGUCCUUGUCGCCGCCGCCCGUGACCGCGAGUCCCCGAGCCCCGUGCCUGAGGGCGACAUGAGCGCGCCGGCCUCCCGAGCCAUCCCGACCCGUGACCGUUCCUGGCAGCUCGAGCCGGCGCUCCUGCCCCCGGGGUGACGCCGCCGACACAUGGCCCCAGGCCCAGUACCUCAUCAUACCCUUCACUGGAGGGAUGCCCACUCCUUCUACCUCCUCUCUCCACUGAUGGGCCUCCUCAGCCGGGCCUGGAGUCGCCUGAGGGGCCCAGGAGUCCCAGAGGCCUGGCUGGUGGACACGGCAACAGGAGUAGGUCAGGGAGAGGCCAAGGGUCUGUCGAUACCUCCCCUUGCUUCCCAGGGGGAGGGUGGAGAAGCAACCCAGGGCCCUUGCUUCGACCAGAGAGAAAAUAGUUCCCCUGCAGAAACUUGGGGACUUUCAGAUGAUGGUGAAUAUGGUGAGAACCAAGGACAAGAUGGCUCCAGAGAGCAGGAGCGGGAACACACAGCCAGCCUGCCUGCUCCACAGCCCCCAGGUCUGCAAGGUGCUGAUAAGAGCCCUGGCGAGGUGGUGCCUGGUGAAGAGGGAGUGACUGAGCUGGCUUAUCCCACAUCACACCCAGACGUUUAUCCAGCAGCCGAGAAAGAGGAGGAUGGAGAAACCCUGAAGAAAGCAGCUUUCCAAGCCUCUCCUCAGCUCUCUUCAGGAUCCACACCCAGCAUCAGGGUGUAUUGCCCAAGGGAGGGGGAACAUCAAGCCACGGAGGAAAAAGGAGCAGAAAAUAAAGCUAGGGACCCCCCCAGUUUCCCUUCAUCUUCUGUCUCCCACCCUAGAACCUGGGCGUGCCCCUCUAGAGAGGGGCCUAAGCAAGAAGGAGAAGCCGAUGCAGAGCCACAGAGGGCCGAGCACUGUCAGCCUUGUCAGAGCUCAGAGGAUCAGGACAGUGCUGAGGCAGAAGCUGAGCCAGAGGGGGAAGCAGAGGGUUCGACUUCUUCCACCUCCGCUGGGAAGACCUGUGUGUGUUGGUCAGGAGAAGACACAGACGAAGAGGACUAUCAGAACACUGAGUUGCCAUCAGCUGAGGAAGACACUGAGGCCUCGUCUGUCCCUACAAGUGCCUUCCUGAAGGCCUGGGUGUAUCGACCAAGAGAGGACACAGAGGAGGAAGACGACAGUGACUGGGGAUCAGCUGAGGAAGAGGAAGACGCUGGGGCCUGGGUGUGUCAGCUUGGCGAGGACACUGAGGAGGAAGAGGCCAAGGAUUUGGGGUCAGCUGACAGAGAAGGAGAAGCUGGGGCCUCUUCAUCCACCCUCAAUAGAAGUGCCUUCCUGAAGUCCUGGGUUUAUCACCCGGGAGAGGACACUGAGGAGGAAGAGGACAGUGAUUCUGAAUCAGCCCAGGAAGACCAAGACGCUGAGGCCUCCUGUGCCACUCCCCCUACAAGUGCUUUUCUAAAGGCCUGGGUCUACUGCCCAGGGGAGGACACGGAGGAGGAGGAGGACAACUGUGAGGCACAUGUGGCCUUGGAUGCUUCAGAAGCCACUGAGGGAAGAGAAGCAGCUGAAUCCCUCAGGGGUCCACCCCUUCAGGCCUGGGGCUGUCUACCUGGAGAGAAGACCCAGAGAGAGGGACUCGGGGAAGCAGAGCCCUCAGCAUUCCAUGUUGCCUUCUAUUUACCUGGGGAGAAGCCAACCCCACCCUGGGCUCCUCCCAAAUUGCCCCUUCGCCUACAAAGGAGACUCAGGUUGUCAGAAGCCCCCACUCAGGAUCCAGACCCUGAGUCACCCCUAAAUACUAGAAAGGUACACUUCUCUGAGAAUGUCACAGUCCAUGUCCUCGCAGUCUGGGCAGGGCCUGCCCAGGCUGCCCGACGUGGCCCAUGGGAACAGUUUGCCCGAGAUCGAAGUCGUUUUGCCCGCCGAAUUGCACGUGCCCAGGAGGAGCUGGGCCCCUACCUCACCCCAGCUUCCCGGGCCAGAGCCUGGGCACGCCUAGGAAACCCACCCCUUCCUCUGGCCCCCAUGCCUGCCCUUCCAGAGACCUUGCUUCCCUCCUCUGCCCACCCCUCUCGGGCCCCAGCCCAGGCCACACCCUCUCCAUCAUCUCCAGGUGAAACCCCACUUCCCAGCCCUGACCUCAGUGAGAGAUGUGGCUAAGUCCAAGUAGUUUCCUGUUAUUUAUUUUGUGUUGGUUUAUAUAAGAAAUAAAGCCUUUUGAUUUGU